AUAUUUAUUUAGCCGAUUUUCAGAAGCGGAGAGGAGCGAGAUGGAUGAGGCGUGGGAGCGGGCGGUGGAGGCGGCGCUGGACACCGGCGACGAGGGGAGCUCCUCGCCGCCGCGGAGCCUGACCCUGGACGGCGCCGUCAAGUGCAUGCACGGCCGGCUGCCGGCGCCGGCGAUACUGGAGCGGCACCAGAGCCUGGAGCACCUCUCGAUCGCCGGCGUCGGGGUCGCCUCGCUCGCGGGCUUCCCCCGCCUCCGCAACCUCACGCGCCUCACGCUCUCCGACAACCGGAUCGCCGGCGGGCUCGAGCACCUCGUCGAGGCCGGCCUCGCCUCCCUCCGCGACCUCGACCUCAGCAACAACCGCAUCCAGGACGUCGACGAUCUGGCGCCGCUCGCGCGCCUCCGCCUCGUCUCGCUCGACCUCUACGAGUGCCCCGUCACGCGCGUCAAGGACUACAGAUCCAGGGUCUUCGGCCUGAUCCGGACCCUCAAGUACCUCGACAAGAUGGACGCCGACGAGAACGAGCGCCCGGAGUCGGACGACGACGACGACGACGGGGACGGCGAGGGCGACGGCGAGGAAGACGACGACGAUGAAGACGACGACGACGAGGACCCCGGGAGCGGCGAGGUGGCCAACGGCGGCGUCUCGCACUCCCGGGGCCGCGCGGCUGCGCACCCGGUGGAGGUGAACGGGGUGAUCGAUGUCGACGAGGACGAGAGCGACGCCGAUGAGGUCGUGCCCAACGGAGGAGCCGAGCACCACCACCAGGCCAACGGGUUCCGGAUGGCGGCCGUUGGGGGAGCCCCUGAUGAGGAUGAUGAAGAUGUGGAGGAUGAGGAGGAGGACGAUGAUGAGUAUCUGGAGGAGGAGGAUUUGGGGGAGGAGAUUGAUGAGGAGGGCGAAGAUGAUGCUGUUGUUGAGGUGCAUGAUGUGCCCAGCACCGAUGAUGAGGAGGAUGACAUCGAUGAGGAUGACGACGAUGAUGAAGAGGAGGUUGAGGAUGAUGGUGAGGAGGCUGUGCCAGAGAGCAGUGGGAGGGUUGCUAUGGCCGUGGGGGGUGUUGGCGAAGAGAUUGAUGGGCAUGAGCAAGGUGAAGGUGAAGAUGAUGAUGAGGACGGUGAGAUUGGAGAGGAAGAUGAGGAAAGAUUGGAGGAUAAUAGGGGGGUUUAUGAGGAGGGGAACGAAGAUGAUGACGAUGACGCAGACGAUGAGGAUGAAGACACAGAAUAUCUUGUUCAACCGAUUGUGCCGCCUCAAGCUGCCAUGGCUGUCGGAAGUCCAGAUGACUUCGAUGUGGCUGACCCUGAUGAUGUCGAUGAAGACAGAGAUGAGGUCGACGAUGACGAUGAUGAGGGCACCACAGACCUGCCCUCAUCGUCGCAGGGCACCAAGAGGAAGAGGGACGAUGACCCAUCCGGCAGCGGCAGCGACGACGAGGAUGACGACGUCGAAGACCCCCGGCCCUUCAAGCACCACUGAUGAAGCAGCCAGUGUACAUGGAUCCCCUCCCUCACCCCUUCUUCCCAGGUAGAAACAAGUAAUCAGGAGCAGCAGCAGCAGCAGCAAGACAGAAAUAUGGUGGGUUUCCCCCCUGUUUUUCCUAGCCGUUUUUUCUUGUAAAGACUCAGUAGGUUUGGAGGGCUUGACCCUUGUUUUUAAACAGCAGAUUUUAGGAGGGAAAAUGGAACCCAGCUUUUCCCUCUUGCCUGCACCCUUGCUGAGUUUUCCCUCCAUAAUUCAAAUGGUAGUUUACGACACCCUGGGGAGUUUCCCUCCUUGA